AUGUGGGGCUUGAACUCACAAACCGUGAGAUCAUGACCUGAGCCGAAAUCAAGAGUUGGACACUUAACCAACUGAGCCACCCAGGUGCCCCCAUGAAGAUAUUUUUUUGAGCACCUGUUAAUGUCAGGCAUUGUUCGAGACACCCAGAAUACUGCAGCACAUGAAACAGACAAAGUCCAUGCCGUCCUGCAGCUUAUGUUCUACUAUCAGGAGACAUACUAUAAACAUGUAACAGAUAAAGAAAAUAAUCUCAAAGAACAAUAAGUGCUAUGAAGGCAAUGAAGCAGGCUGAUGUAGAGCGUACCUGGGGGAUGGGGCUCAACUUUAGUUACUGAGUGGUCAGGGAAGGCCUCUCUGAACUGAGACCUGAAAGAUGAGGCAGAGGAAGCCAUGGGAAUAUCUGGGGCAGAGCGUUCCAACAGAGAGAACAUCAAGUGCAAAGCCCCCUGAGGUGGGAUUUUCAAAGAGAUUAUAGGUAGUGUGGGUUAUUCACAGACUGAGCACUGUCCAAUGGGUCAGGAGAUGGAUUUAGACUUGCCUCUACCUAAAUGUCUCGAGUGUUUUGGGGCAGUAAGCCUGUUUUCUGUAAAAUUCCUACCCUAACCCCCCAGGAAGACUUGAUUAAAUAAAGCAAUAAAGGGGAAUGAAAAAGACCCCAAGCCUUCCUCCUAAUAUUCUGUUCCUCCUUCCUUCUCCAUUUUCUGGGGGCAGUAAGUGUAGGAAGUUUUUCUCUGGGGUCCUAAGGGCUGGUGGUAGGAUUGAGACAGGUCAGGGACAAGGGCACCAGCCCAGCUACAAGAGAUGCUGCCAAAGGCAGCUGGGCAAAGCCAAGUGUUGAAAUGGUCAAGGGGGCUCAGGCAGAACUGGAUGCAGGAGGAGGCAGACAGCUGGGGGAGGAACGCCUACCCAUGUACACAGGCGUCUGGGCUACAGGUCAUUGGCUGUGUGUUAAGGCUCCCCAGUAGUGAGCCCCCGCCACAUAUGCUGCUGUUAGGACAGGGGGUGGUGGAGGACCGGACAGGAAAACUGAAGCAGAAUCCUGGCCAUGCUGGUUAAGUUGACACAGGGAAAGGGGAUGGGUAGGCAAAGCCUGAAACUUGCAGAAGCCCAGGACUACAGCAGCAAAAUGAAUUCCAGGCCUUGCUUGUGGCAAGCUCUGUUGUGUUGGAACUGGUAUGGGGAUGACCUCAUAGGUUCCAGUGUGAGGGGACUAGAUAGGGCUGAUCCCCAGCAAGAGAGCAACUGUACCCCUUUGCUGCCAUCUGGACCAUUGUGUCCAGCAUGUAGCUCUCCCAGACAGCUUCGUGGGGGGAGGCAUGAAUCGGUUAACAUUUGAUUUUUGAAAUCUUUAUCUUUGCUUUGCCCAAGGCAUCGCUUUGUGUCUACCUCUGAGACAUUGGCUUUUGCCAAACACGUCUGGCUCCCUGGUGCCCAGGUGUGGACAGCCUUGACUAAGAACUGCUUUUUUCCCAGCAGAAUACCUUUGGUCUCAUAUGGUUGUCCUGGAGAGAUUAAGUGACCCACCCAAGGUCACACUGUAAACCAAUAGAGGAAGUUAAAAAAAAAUUGAAAGGACAGAUAAUGAGAGCUACUUUUAUUAAGUAUUCUGUACGGUACAAGGGCUUUAAAGACUGCACUUUGUUAACCAUCACAUCACUAUUACCUUUCUGAUGGUUCUAUUAUUAUUGCCAUUUUACAGAUGAGAGGCUAAGACCUGCCCAAGGACACACAGCAAGAGCCAGUGGUCCUGAGCCUUCCGAAGUUAGAAUUCUGUUUGGUGGUGGGGAUCCUGACACCAAGGAUGGGAAACCCCGGAUGGAGGUUCCUGGGGCCUGGCCCCCAACACUAUGAAGAACCCUUGCUGAGGCCAUGAGGGGUUACCAUGGCGACCGCGGUAGCCAUCCCCGCCCAGCCCGCUUUGCCGACCAGCAGCAUAUGGACGUGGGCUCAGCUUCCAGGGCCCCGUACCUGCUGGGCUCCGGGGAGGCCUUCUCCACCGAGCCCCGCUUCUGUGCCCCGAGAGCUGGCCUGGGACACCUUUCUCCUGAAGGGCCCCUGAGCCUGAGUGAAGGGCCAUCAGUAGGCCCUGAGGGAGGGCCAGGGGGGGCCGGGGUUGGGGGGGGGAGCAGCACCUUCCCCAGGAUGUACCCCGGCCAGGGCCCCUUCGACACUUGUGAAGACUGUGUGGGCCACCCUCAGGGCAAGGGUGCCCCCCGCCUGCCUUCUACACUCCUGGACCAGUUUGAAAAGCAGUUGCCAGUUCAACAAGAUGGCUUCCACACACUCCCAUACCAGCGAGGUCCAGCAGGGGCCGGGCCUGGGUCAGGGCCAGCGUCUGGCACUGCCCCGGAAGCCCGCAGCGAGAGCCCCAGCCGCAUCCGGCACCUGGUUCACUCUGUGCAGAAGCUCUUCGCCAAGUCCCACUCUUUGGAGGCCCCAGGGAAGCGGGACUAUAAUGGGCCCAAGGCUGAGGGAAGAGGUGGCUCUGGAGGAGACAGCUACCCCGGCCCGGGCUCUGGAGGCCCCCACACCUCCCACCACCACCAUCACCACCACCACCACCACCACCACCAGUCCCGGCACGGCAAGAGGAGCAAGAGCAAGGACCGCAAGGGGGACGGGCGGCACCAGUCCAAGGCCGCUGGCUGGUGGAGCUCUGAUGACAACUUGGACAGCGAUAGUGGCUUCCUAGCGGGUGGGCGGCCCCCUGGGGAGCCUGGUGGUCCCUUCUGCCUGGAGGCUCCAGAUGGGUCCUACCGGGACUUGAGCUUCAAGGGGCGCUCGGGCGGGUCGGAAGGCCGCUGUCUCGCCUGCACUGGCAUGUCCAUGUCACUGGAUGGACAAUCGGUCAAGCGAAGUGCCUGGCACACCAUGAUGGUCAGCCAGGGCCGGGAUGGAUACCCAGGGGCUGGGCCAGGCAAGGGACUCCUGGGUCCGGAGGCCAAGGCCAAAGCCAGGACUUAUCACUAUCUGCAGGUGCCGCAAGAUGACUGGGGGGGUUACCCCACUGGGGGCAAGGAUGGGGAGAUCCCCUGCCGCAGGAUGCGGAGCGGCAGCUACAUCAAAGCCAUGGGGGAUGAGGAGAGUGGAGACUCAGAAGGCAGCCCCAAGACGUCCCCCAAAGCAGUCGCCCGGCGCUUCACCUCCCGCCGCUCCUCCAGCGUGGACCAGGCCCGGAUCAACUGCUGUGUCCCACCCCGGAUCCAUCCCCGGAGCUCCAUCCCUGGCUACAGCCGUUCCCUCACCACCGGACAGCUCAGUGAGGAGCUGAACCAGCAGCUGGAGGCCGUUUGCGGGUCUGUGUUUGGGGAACUCGAGUCCCAGGCAGUGGACGCCCUGGACCUGCCCGGCUGUUUCCGCAUGCGGAGCCACAGCUACCUCCGGGCCAUCCAGGCCGGCUGCUCUCAAGACGACGACUGCCUGCCCCUCCUUGCUGCCCCUGCCUCUGUCUCAGGGAGGCCCGGCUCCUCCUUCAACUUCAGAAAGGCCCCGUCCCCCAUCCCGCCGGGAAGCCAGGCCCCGCCCCGCAUCUCCAUCACGGCCCAGAGCAGCACCGACUCCGCCCACGAGAGCUUCACGGCCGCCGAGGGCCCCGCCCGGCGCUGCAGCUCCGCGGACGGGCUGGACGGCCCGGCCAUGGGCGCGCGCACCCUGGAGUUGGCUCCGGUGCCACCCCGGGCCAGCCCCAAGCCCCCUACACUCAUCAUCAAGACCAUUCCUGGCAGGGAGGAGCUGCGGAGCCUGGCGCGGCAGCGGAAGUGGCGGCCGUCCAUUGGGGUGCAGGUGGAGACUAUCUCGGAUUCGGACACGGAGAACAGGAGUCGAAGAGAGUUCCACUCCAUUGGUGUUCAGGUGGAAGAGGACAAGAGGCGGGCAAGGUUCAAGCGCUCCAACAGUGUGACGGCGGGUGUGCAGGCAGACCUGGAGCUGGAGGGCCUGGCUGGCCUGGCCACAGUGGCCACAGAAGACAAGGCCCUGCAGUUCGGACGUUCCUUCCAGAGGCACGCUUCUGAGCCCCAGCCCGGGCCCCGGGCCCCCACCUACUCAGUCUUCCGCACGGUCCACACACAGGGCCAGUGGGCCUACCGCGAGGGCUACCCACUGCCGUACGAGCCGCCGGCCACCGAUGGGUCGCCAGGCCCUGCCCCUGCCCCCACCCCUGGCCCCGGGUCCAGCCGUCGGGACUCCUGGAUGGAGCGCGGCUCACGUAGCCUCCCCGACUCAGGCCGCACGUCCCCCUGCCCUCGGGAUGGCGAGUGGUUCAUCAAGAUGCUGAGGGCGGAGGUGGAGAAGCUGGAGCACUGGUGCCAGCAGAUGGAGCGCGAGGCGGAGGACUAUGAGCUGCCGGAGGAGAUCCUGGAGAAGAUCCGCAGUGCCGUGGGCAGUACACAACUUCUCCUGUCCCAGAAAGUUCAGCAGUUCUUCCGGCUGUGUCAGCAAAGCAUGGACCCCACUGCGUUUCCCGUGCCCACCUUCCAGGACCUGGCGGGUUUUUGGGAUCUCCUGCAGCUCUCUAUUGAGGAUGUGACCCUCAAGUUCCUGGAGCUACAGCAACUUAAGGCCAACAGCUGGAAACUCCUGGAGCCUAAGGAGGAGAAGAAGGUCCCUCCGCCGAUACCAAAGAAGCCCUCGCGGGGCCGGGGCGUGCCGGUGAAGGAGCGCUCCCUGGACUCGGUGGACCGGCAGCGGCAGGAAGCGCGCAAGCGGCUCCUGGCGGCCAAGCGCGCCGCCUCCUUCCGCCACAGCUCGGCCACCGAGAGCGCCGACAGCAUCGAGAUCUACAUCCCCGAGGCCCAGACCAGGCUGUGACCGGCCCGGCCCGCCCAGCCUGGGCCCGGGCCCGCGGUUUUCUACCCGUACUGUACACCCAGCGUCGAGGUCACUGUGAACGCGGGCCGCCCCGUGCGCCCGCCCCGCCGGCACCGCACGCCCCGGCCCCUCCUGCCCGUCACACUCUCGUGGGUUUUUUACCUUCCUGACCCCACGCGAAGGCGCCCGGGCUGGGCUGGGGGCCGUGCCUCUCCGCCCUGCGCCCCCACCUGGACUCCCCUCCCUCCUGGUCCGACGCUUUGUCCCCACCUCCUCCCCACGGGCACCAUCUCUGCCAUUACUACCCCCCACGGGCCAGGCCGGGCCGGGUCCCCCAUCUGGGCUCUGCGUCCCCCCCCACCCCUCCCCCCACCCCGCGGGGCUGGGCUUCGUGGGGAUCAAGCUUCGUGGCUUUUUAUGAAGAAUCCCGAACCCCACCUAGGAGCCUGCCCCACCCUCCCAGGGGCUCCACCCUCAGCCCUCAGCCCACCGGGCCCAGGGACCACAGUGGCUGGACCAACCCAGGACCAGGGCGCCUGGGCCUCUCCCCUUUCCCAGCUGCUGGGGAGGGGAGACGGGGCUUCCCCUCACCACACCUGUGGCUGUUCCCACAUCCCCUUGAGUAUCCCAGGAAAAAUAAAACGGCAGAACUGCACUCGAGCCGGCUGCUCUCUCCAGAAGGAGCCACCUCUGCCCCGUGCAUGGGAGCCGGGGGUGGUCGGGAAGUGGGUGGUGGGAGGGGAGGCCGGUAGCCGCUCUUUUGAUAUGGGGAGAGCCCAGUCGCCUGAGCCAGCUGGGGCAAAGGGGAUUCGGCCCCCUGGUGGCUGCGAAGAUCUGAGCCCUACUGGAGGGGCCCGGGGGCAGUGAAGAAGGGAGGGUUUCCUCCUCACUCCUCCUCCUAGUUUAGUCCAUUUCUCUGCCUCUCAAUGCUCCCAGGCUUCCCUCCACCAACAGGGCAACCCAGAGUCCAAAGCCUGGUUCACCGGCAGGCCUGCGCUCAAUAAACAGGGUUUGCUGUUAUUCUUAGAUAUGGAUGGAUACUGGUUGCCCUUCCCCGAAGGGUCCGGUGUUCCCUCUGUUCCACUCACUACUGAUCAGCAGCAGAAACAUUAUUCAAUUUAGUGUUGUCACAUUUUUCUGAUGCCUCCUCUGGGUGGGCACUUUGGUGGGGGGCGGGGUGCGGGGGGGGGGGCGCAACAGAACUUUCCUGGGAAGCUAAGAAGAAACCCAGACCUGGUAGUGAUGGCUAAUGUUUAUGGGAUGUUUGCUCCGAGUCAGGCAGGGGGAGAGCGAUUUACAUGAAUGGAGCUCAUCCUUAUGACAGGUGAGAGAGCUGAAAUCCCGGACAGGUUCAGUGACCCGUCCAAAGUCACAGGCAGGGCUCAUAGUGGUGGACCCAGGUCUGUCUAAUGCCAAACCGUGAGCUUUUAGCUCUCCAGCUUUCCCAGUCCGGAAAGGGUUUGAUGACAGCUCCCACCCUGUCUGGCAACCCCUUCUGGUCCUUGGGGUUGAUGUGUCACCCUGAGGCAGGAAGAAGAGCCAUCCAAGUCUCUGACUGCCUUUUUGGGCCACAUUGGACUAGCCAGUUCUCAUUCAUUUAUUUAGUAGGUAUUUAUCAAGAACCACUGUUGGCACUGGCCAGCACCUGGAACAUAGCCCUGAACAAGUGUAGUUGCUAUCCUAUGGCACUAACGGUCUUAUGGGAAAAACAGAUAAGUAAACAAGCAGUUACAGAAUAAGGGUGAAUGCUGGAAAGAGCCACUGGAGCAGUGCCAGGGCUGGGAAGAAUGUUCCAAGGUCUGAUAACAGCUGUGCAAAGGCCAGGAGGAGGGAAAGCAUUGGGAGUGCAAAGGCUUGACCAUGCUGGGCUUUUGGGUCAACUUGAGGAGAGUGGGUCUGGGUCCGGGGAGCCACGGAAGGGUUUUGAAUAGAAGAGUGGCAGAAGCAGCUAUUUUCCAAGCUGGUGUGGGAGACCACCUGAAAAGCAUGAGGUCGUACACACACACACGCCUAGAUGAGGCCACUGGAAGGUAGUGAGGAGCCCUAUAUGUUCCAAAUUCCCCAAAGUGAGUCAGCUUGGAGCUGAUCCCAAACAGAUUCCUGGGCCCUGUCCAAGACUGUGAAUAGACUCUCUGCCCCCAAAUGAGUCUUUAACAAGUGUGCCAGGUGAUUUUGAUGGGCAGCCAGGUUUGAGAACAUUUAGGUUGGAUGACUGUCCAAAAGUUUCAACUAGAAAUGCCCAUUUGUCUAUUUCCCCUGGACUUGCCAAGUGAGCCUUUGUCUGGGUCACUUUACUUCUCUGAGAUGGAGUUUUCUCAUCUCUAAAAUUGGGUUUGAGCUGGAUGAUACUCAGAGCAAUCCUCUGGAGUGGAUAUUGUUACCAUCAUAUACAGCUGAGAAAACAGGCUUUCAGAAUUUAAACUUACCCCAAAUCACAAAGCUGAGAAGUGGCUUCAUCUGAGUUUUACCAUCUGCACCAUACAGCUCUUUAUGGGUCUAUGUCUUUUCCCAGAAAUUGGGCUGGGUUUUCCAGGACCAUGAGGUAUAUGGGACUGGCAUAGAGGAACAGGACAGCCCUGAACAAGUGUAAUGGGCAUCUUGCUACAGACAGGACGUCUAAAUCUCCCCAUGUGGGGCUGAUGUGGCAGGGAGUCCCUGGAUGUUGAGGCCUGGGGAGAUGUGCUGGGCUCCACGGGCAAGUGAAGGGUUAGAUCCAGUCCUUUUGCUUAAAUUGCUCCCUGUUUGGCCAUAGCCAGGCAUAUAAACAGACAGGUACAUACAAAGGGAGGCCUCUCCCAGAGGGGCUGAGGAGACCAGAGGAUAGAGCCUCUAGCAGCCAAUUGAUUCUAGGAAAGCUUUCUGCAAGAGGGACGUUUUGAACUGGGUCUUGCAGGAUAAGUUAGAGUUUUGCAGCAGAGGAAGAGAGGGAGGAUGUUCAUUUCAGGCAAAGGGACCAGCUGGGGCAAACGAAUGGUAGGGCAAGUGUAUGUGGGGUCAUGGGAAGAGCAGAGACUGGCAGUAGGUGACAGGCUCAGAGAGAGGCCAGAAGGGAUCCAUGGGAAGAGAGGGAGUUUUAGCUGGAGAUUUCAAGGUUUUAUUUAAGGUUUUGAAAGACCCUUUGGCUAAGAAUGGAAAUGGACUGGGGGGAACAAUGGACAGCAGGAAGACCACUCAGGGAGUUGCUAAGGUGGUCCAGGUAAGAGAUGAUGAAGAACUUCAGAGACAUUCCGGAAAGCAUAAGCUGGGUUUGGGGAAUAAUGCAAAGACGAAGAGAUUUUGAAGGUGUCAUUUAGGUUUUUGGCUUAGGGAAUAAGUAAAGCCUUCAGUGGACACAGGCAUUACAGAAGGAGGAAGCAAUUUGGGGAAUACUGAACAUACCAGUGACCGUUUACUGAGCACUCGGGGCGGGGGGGGGGGGGGCAAGCACUGUGCCAAGCACUUUAUACACAGAAGGUGAUAUAAUACUCAGAACCACCCUAGGAGAUGGGAACUUAUUGCCUGUGUUUAAACAAAGGAUGUAAACAGCUUUUCUGAGAUUAGCAGGCAGCAGGGCCAGAAUUUGAACCCACAUUUGAUUCCUAAGUCUGUACGCUAGAGCUCCACUCAGUUCUGCUUGACGGAACUACCAGCCAUCCCUUAAGACUCAGCUCAAGGGUAGGUGCCUCUGGUGAGCACUCUCUGAUUCUUCCUGGGCUCCUCCUCUGGGCUACUUGUGCAUGCUUCUGUUGUCACUCCCUUGGCAGUUCACAGACCCCUCUGCUUUCAGGGCCGGGCAAUCUCUUCAGAAAACUCCUGGGACAGGGGUCCCAGUCAAUUUUGCAUCCCUAUUGCCUAGAACAUGUGGAUUGGCUGACUGAAUGCUAAUUAUUCUAGGCAAUUCUAUUUCCUUCUCCUCUCUUUUGAGGAACAAGUUCUGCUAAUAAUGGUUUCUUACACAUUUACAUGUUUCUUUAUACUGUUCCUUUCUCUCUAUCUCCACUUCCAGAGCGUAGCACUUUUUUUUUUAAAGUUUAUUUAUUUAUUUUGACAGGGUGGGAGAGGCAGAGAGAGAGGGAGAGAGAGAAUCCCAAGCAGGCUCCAGGCUGUUAGUGCAGAGCCUGACACAGGGCUCUAUCUCAUGAACCGUGAGAUUACAACCUGAGCUGAAAUCAAGAGUCGGACACUCAACUGACUGAACCACUCAGGCACUCCAGCACUGACUUCUUUGAGAUCAUAGAGGAAGGGCAGCUAAGUGAUGCCCUAAGCAAUCUAGGCAGCUUCCUGUUUGGAGGUGUCCCUGAAGCUGGAAAAAUGAGCCAGAGCUACUUUGGUAAAGAAAGGUGGGAGGGGCACUCCAGGUAGAUGAAAAAGCAUAGUAAAAGAAGGCACAGAGGUGUGAACUGUUUGGUCUGCAUGGAGGAAUAUGAGUUUAGCCUGUGUCCUACAGAUAAACAUGCUUGGCUGAGACUCGUGGAACAGAUGUCAGAGGGGCUAGUGGGGGGUUACGGAACUUGAGCUUUGGUGUUUUUCUCUACACAGUUGACCCCUGAACAAUGAAGGCAUUAGGGGUACCCACCUCCUGAACAGUCGAAAAUCCGUGUGUAACUUUUGAUUCGCCCAAAACUGAACUACCAAUAGCCUACUUUUCACCACAAGCUUUACAGAUAACCGUUGAUUAACACAUAUCUUGUAUAUUAUAUAUAUAUAUAAUGUACUGUCUUCCUACAAUAAAAUAAGCUGGAGAAAAGAAAAUGUUAUUAAGAAAACCAUAAGGAAGAAAAAUAUAUUUAUGGUACUGUACUGUAUUUAUUGCAAAAAAUCCGUGUAUAAGUGGACCCACACAGUUUCAAACCCCUGUGGUUCGAAGGUCAACUGUAUGUGAUCAAAUACGUGUCUGUACAGGGCAUAGUGGAUACAGGGGGAGUGAAUACUUGUAUCUGAGGGGUCAGGUAAGGCUUAGGUUUUACUGCAUUUCAAUUUUUUGUAUACCAACGAUAGUACCAUUUAUUUCCCUGUUGCUCUGUGCCUGGCACAGCACUUUACAUGCAUUAUCUCAUCAAACCCUGCCAACCUUCUGUGAAAUAGGUGUUAUUACCUUUAUGCAUAAGCUGGAAAGGAGGCGCAGGCUGAUUAAUAAUGUUCCCAAGGUCACAUGGCUAGAAAGCUAGCCCAGCUCUGAAGCGUUCUUAGAGUUCUAGACUAUAUUCUGCUAAGAAGAUCUUGACGUCAAGGAAUCUUUAAUUUUUGUGUGCCCAGACCUAGGUCUUAGAAGACGCCUAAUAAACAUUAGUUGAAUAAAGAA